AUACUUCCAAAUGUGAAAAUAUAAGCAUUUUUUUUUUUUUUACUGCAUUGAAAAUUAAUGAAACAGAAAAAUAAAACAUCAAUAUAAAAGCAAUAUAGUCAAUGAAUCUAAAAUAAUAUUAAAACAUAUUAAAUUAACUCAUUUAAAAAUAAGUUAAUUGAUUUCUUUAUAGUUGCUAUCUGUAUCACAAAUUUUAGUGAGCAUCGUCAAUUUUUAAGUUAUGGAUCUAUUACGAACGACGAACGUCAUCUGGUCAUCCGGACUCCGGAGGUAGUCACUUUAGGUCCUUUAUUAUCUAUUAUUUAAUAUUUUUAUUAAUAUUAUGUAUUCAACCAUUUCAUCUUGUCGUCUUCAUUUUCCUGACAAUUUCUAGAUUUUUCAAACGAUAUCCUCACACAAUGAUUGCCUCAAUUUCAAAAAUCUUGUUAGAUUGACCAUCUAUAGUGUAAAUGGUGUAAUGCUUCUAAUAUUUUUUUUUUUUUUUUUUUUUUUUUUUUUUUUAUUCAUAAUAUAUAUUUACAAUCUGUAUUUUAUUUUUAUACAAUAAGCAAAUUUGAUAGGUGCAUACAUAGCCUUCUAAUAUACCCUUAAAAAUAGUUAAAAUCACCCAAAGUAAAGUACCUAAUAAACUAAUAACUUUUCAUUGUUUUAGAUCAGUGGUACUUGAUUACAAACAAAACGGACUUAUCUGUUCAAUGUGUUAGAUAAAUCCAUAACUUAAGCAUUCUAUUUGUACCUCUUUUAAUUUUGGCACUCAUAUCGAUUUUAUGACUGGCAACAUUUUUCACGUUUUAAUUUAUUAGGUGACAUUUAAUAACGUCAGAUCACCUAAUUUCCUACGGACUCUAUAGUCAGUAUAGUCUAAUAGUCAUAAUACCUUAUUAGUGGCUUAGUCCGUUCGGUUUUUGAAUAUAGGUUCGUUCAGUUCAUUGUCUGGUCACUAACAUAACAAAAUUCACCAGAUAUAGAUCGUAUGCUAAAUAGGUUUUAUAAUCUUUGCUGGUUUUUGUCUCAAUAUCCUCCAUCUAUAAGUUAAACCUUAAAACUCAAUUAUCUUUCGGCUAGUUGCAAUACAUUUAUUUUCAAUUAAAUUUGAAAUCUGAAUUAGAGUUGAAUCGAUGCCUUGAGACUUAUUGAAUUACUUGAUAAUCCUAUUAAUCCUAGGCUUCGAGGUUCUUUUUAUUCCCCUAAUAGUCCUAACCAUAAUUAAAACUUGUCCAGAAAUACACUACUUGCAAAAAUUAUGCACAAACAAACUACCUAACUUUAAUACUUUUAGUACGAAGGCACAUACUUUAUUUUUUUCAUCAGUAAAAUGAUUUACAUCAUAUUUAUUUUUAUUAUUACUCAAAUUAUUAAUUAAUUAAGUAUAUUAUUAUACUAUAUAGACUAAAACAACUGUUAUAAAAUAAAAAAGGUAGGUAAGUGGGUACCGUUUUGCUGUACAUUAGGUAUCACUAUUUAUAUAGAUGUGUUAAAUUUAAAUUCAAUAAUAUAUCAUUGUAGGUAUACGAAAAACGAUUUUAAGUAGUAAGCGGAAACGGUCUAUUAGCCUAUAAUAGUAUAACACCAAUUGAUGUAUUUUUUAUAUAACUAUUAAAAUAAUUUAUUUUAGUAAGUUGAUUCGAAAAUAUUACAUAUUAUGCAUUUAUUAUAUCAUUAUUCAUUACUAUUUGAUUAUUAUAAUAAUGUAUGUGUAAUGUGUAUAGUCGUAAUGUCGUGUACCAAUACCAUAUUACAAUUAUAUCAACUUAUAUACCUGACACAAAAUUUAAUACCUACACACAACAUCUUUCAGUAAAUACCGUAAAACAGUAAAAAUAGAUUUAAAAAACUGAUGACAAGUAAUAAUAUAAUAUUUACUCUAUAAGAUAUAAGGUAACAAGAAUUAAAAAAAGUGUUUUCCUUAAUAUUAGUAUAUGAAUGUCUGAUUUUUAAACAAAGUUCAAAGUUGGAUAAAACUCAAAAAUUUUUGCAAUUCACACCCUUUACGGUACCCAAUUUACACGUUUCAUUCGCAAAUAUAAUUAAACACUGACCAUAUUUAUUAAUAUACAAAUGUAAAUUUAUAUUAUAAGUGUAAAAAGUUAUCUCAAAAGUUCAACACAAUAAUUGGUCUAAUUACUCUAAAUUUUAAUUAGUAAUAUACCUAUGUGUAUAAUAUAUAUAUCAAAAAAAAUGAGAUGGUUAAUACGAUGAAACAUAUCUUUCACACGCUGUAGUGGGCGAUUUGGUACAACAAUAUUACUUCAUUAGACAAGGUGUAAGUGCAAUACGGCCGGACUGAGUUUGUUUACAAUGUUUACGUAUCCGACAUACACAUACAUUAUUAUAAAUUAUAAUAUUUUAGUCAGUGGUUUUACAUGGCUAUAACAAGUCUGCAGCUGCUGCUAUAGACAACCAGCUCAAUCGUCUUUAAACUUCGGCGGUACCUAUCGGCUAUCCCGGUCAUUAACAGCUAGAUUGAUAAUACAGAAGUGAUAAUAACUAUCAUAAGUUUGAAUUAUCAAUUAUCUUCAAAUAACAUUUCGUAUCAAUCGUAUCGUACGCUAUUAUACAUACACGACUGUUAUAGUACUAUAAUAUAAUAGUUGUUAUAGUUAGUACUUCGGCCUUCGGGAACAUUGAGAGUCGCUAGUCGCUGUAGUGCUGUACGUUAAUGAUACAAUACUGUCGUGCUGCUCUUUAGAUAAAUAUUUCAUUUUGUACAUUUAUUUACCGUUCAUAUAAUGAAUACGUCCACACAAUACAGUAUGCGUUGGGAUGAUUUUUCAUCCCAUUUCACAAAUGAAUUUGUGUCUCUACGGAAUGACGAACAAUUCGUUGAUGUCACACUAUGUUGCGACGAUCAAUUCAUUAAAGCUCACAAAGUUAUUUUAUCAGCAUGCAGUCCUUAUUUUAAAAAAAUACUUAUGAUGAAUCCAUCGAAACAUGUCACAGUUAUUAUGCACAACGUGGAGUAUGAACUCAUGAAAACUUUAGUUGAUUUUAUGUAUUUAGGAGAAGUACUUGUAAAUCAAAAUAAUGUUGAUAGGUUCUUUAAAUUAGCCAAGACAUUCAACAUAAAAGGAUUUCAAAAUGGAUUCAAUAAAAAUGAAAGUUCAAUUUUGCCUUCUUUAUGUGAAAAUGUAGAGCAAGAUGUGCCAAAAAAUGAUGUUAUUGAUUCUAUGGAUAAUCAUGAUGAUGGAUUAUUUGCUAAUCAACUAGAUCAACUCAAUCAACUUGUGAAUCCAAAUGAAAUAAUUAAACGGAGAAAAAUAGACACAAAUUAUUGGCAACAAUCUACUGAAACAACUCCGUCAACACAACCUGAAAAACAAAGAUGUCAUUCUUUGGAUCCACGGCCAUGUCCAGAAUGUGGUCGUCAAUAUAGCAGUUUAUCUAAUUUGAGACAACACAUUGAAUUAAUUCAUAAACCUGGUUGUGUUGUUUGUCCUUUAUGUGGUAAAACAUUCAAAAAUAAGCUUUACCUACGGCGGCAUUUUAUUAGUUUUCAUGAAAUGUUACCAUCCAAAGUACAAAAUACAUCUGAUCCAGGUACACCUUACACUUCAACUCCAUUACAUUAUCAAUCUGAUCAAAACCAACAAAGAUUACAAAUUAAAGAACAGUCUAAUACUCAACAGUUAAGUUCUACUUGUUUUGAUCAAAGUAUACAUCCACGUUAAGUAAAGCUAAAUGACAAAUGUAAACUUACUUUUUUUUAAUAAUUGUUGUUAUUGUAUUAUUAUUGAGUAUUAUCAAAGACCACAAAUUAAAGCGUCUUAUUGUAAAUUAAAUAUUGACUUUUUAUGUGCAAUUAUAUUAAAUGUAAAUAAUUUAUUCUUUAUUAAAAAAUAUGAUAUUUUUUGCAGGCACAUGUUCAGUGAGUUUAUAGGGUCCAAAUCCUCCAGAACAUUUUCUAUGAUAUGCAUUUUUUGAUUUUUUUAAAGUAUUAUAAUGAUAUUUGGAAUCAAAACCCCCAAUUCUCCUUAAUAAAAUUCUGGCUAUGUGCCUGAUUUCAUGAUCUCUAAAUUAAGUAUUACAAUACUUUACAUCUUCUAUACAAACCAAGAAUUAUAUUUAGCCUGUAUCUAAUAUUAUUUAUUAUUUAUAAAACCAUUAAAUAUGGUGCUAAUAUUUGUUAUCCAAAUAGAUUAAAAUAUUUAAAUCUUUUAAUAUCAUAGUUUAAACAAUUUAAAAAUGAAUGUAUAAAUAUUGUUUAUUAGAUACUUAUCAUUGUCUUCUAAAGAUAGAUAAUGCUACUAAUAUAUUUAUAUUAACUAACAAUGUAUCACCAUUUAUAACCCUUAUUUGGAUUACUAGACAAAACCUACUGAUUAGCUUCUAUAAUUAUAAUUUAUUAUAGUAUAUUAAUUAUGGUUUUAUAAUGACUUAACAUUUUUAAUUUAUUCAAAUACUUACUGCAGUUAUGUAGAACUAUGAAACAAAAGUUUAUUAGUAUAUUAUAAUUAAUAUCUCCAUGGUCAAUAUUUUAUAUUUUAUUUUAAUGUAUUUUCAUAAUUUAUGUAUAUGUUGUGGAUUAAAAUAAAUUUACAUAAUGCUAAAUUAGCAAAAUGUCCAGGAAAUAUGAUAAAUAAUUUUGCAACUAAUAUGAUCAUUCAAAAAAUAAAAUACAAUCAUACAGCUAUCUAAUAAUUACAUUAAUUUACAAUAAAUUUGCUUAAUUUAAUAUGCAAAAUCUUGAUAUAUUUUUUAAAUUUUUUGAUUAUUAUUAUUUUACUUAUUUUAAUAUAGUAAGCUUUUAUAAUGAUUAGAACUACAUAUAUAACCAAUAUAUUUAAAAUAUUGAUACUUUCAUUUUACAAAUAGCAUUCUUUAAAUCAAAAUCAACUAUUUCAGAAAUGGAUUCCCUUUAAAGAUUCUACCAUGUUUAAAGCUCAUUUAAUGUCACAAUUAAAUUAUACUAUAUUAAAAUUUAUUUUUGACCUGCCUUUUAAACUUAAUUUAAUCAUAUAGUAAUACAACUACUAAACUAUUACCUAGUAAUAUCAAAAGUAAAGUCAGAAAUAUAAUUGUCUUGAGUUACUUUUUGCACUUAAUCCAUAACAUAUACAUGUAAUCUUUUCAAAAUAAGAUCAGUAAUGGCCAACUGGUACACAAGAACGAAGUUUUGACCUUUCGGUUAUAUUGUACUGAUCUCAUUUUGAAUUUAGUAAAUAAAUAUCAUAUAAUGCACCAAAAUAAGAUAUAUCAAAGUUAAUACUUGUCAUAUAAUAAAUUGUAAUUUUAUAUUGUAUAAAUGUAUAAUAUUGUUAAUUAAUUUUAAAUUCAAAUUCUUUUAAUUAUGUUAUAUUUUUCUUGAUUAUAUAAUAUGGUUUCAAAAAUACAAUUUUUGAACCUCUUUGUAGUUACUUUUAUAAGUUGUAAAUUAUAUAGAUAAUAAAUUUGUAUAAAUAUAAAAUAAAAUAAAUACAAUUAUUCAAUUAAUAGGUAAUUAUGUUGUAUUAUAUAAAUUACUUUUUAAAUUGAUAUGUACGUUUUAAAGUAUAACAAUUUACUUUAUUUUGACAUAAAUGAAAUUGAGAAAUA